AAGCUUCUAUAAAGCUAUUAUCAUAAAAUAUGAAUAUCAAAUUAACUAACAAUAUAUAUACUUUGCGAUGACAAGAAAGAAAAUAAAAUGUGUAAAAAGUAUUUCCUGUGCUCGUCAUGUCCAACCAGAACUACCGAAGAGAUCAAAGUAAACGACCGAGCCAUUCGCCGUACACCAAUAGACCGGCUCGGGUUCACAUUCAAAUGUUGCUGUUGUAUACCACUCAGAUUGGCCACUAUAUUGAUCUGUUUAAACACAUUUGUGUGGACUUUAUUGGAAUUACAAGGAGCUAAGAAAUUCAUAGCCAAUCUAUUUGAAAACGAAACCAUCGUCUACUAUACUUCGAUAGUUUAUAUCUUUCUUACAGUUUGUUUAAUUUUAGCAUCAGGAGUACUGAUGUUUGGGAUUAUAAUUAGAAGUUACGACAUGCUCAAUAUAUACGUAUGGUACGCAUUUAUAUACAACUGUGUAUACAUAAUUGUAUAUAUAAUAAGUGUAGUGUUUUAUAUAUUGAAAACCGGUGAGUUAUCAAUGAUAAAGUCUAUGAAAAUUAUAGGAGCCAUACUCUGGAAUUGUUUAUUCUUCUAUUACGUGCAAGUGGUGAACAGUUACAAAAUGACGAUCUGGUGA